GAGAACCAGCUAGGAAUGUCAACCGUUGAUUUGCAGCUCCGAGAAGAGGCAACCGCAGCCACAAUCCUCUGAUGUCUCAUUUAGGAUAUUCUAAGAUUACCUACUUAUGCUUAAAAUUAUUGAAUGCUCAAUAGAAGUGUCACCGUUCCCUUUAAUUAACUAGUGAGCGGACAAGACCUAUUCAGUGCGUGCCUACUAAACCGGAAGCUCAGGCACUUGAUUUGACGAAGCGAAGAUUCGAUGAUUGAGGAGGGUACAGUUUUUCUUCUAAUUUAUGCUUUUGUUUGAAAUUUGCAUUAGCGCGAAUGAAGUGUGGUAGCCAACUUGCCAUGGAGCAGAAACAGAAGAACAAGGAUAGGGUGGAACCCACCCAGUACAUGGUGAUGACGCUGGAGUCUGAUAUCCUCACCAAACACAAGGCUAACACUACCUACACCCCGGAGGAGACAGAGAGUCUGGAGGCCACAUCAGGCCUUGGCUAUCCUUACGACAGCAGCCAGGGACUGUCUUCAGAAGAAGAGGAGGGAGAAAUAGAUGAUUUUGUCGUCGUGAAAGCUGAACCACAGGAUCCUGUUGAUAGCAACAGGGAAACCCCAUGUCUUCCUGCCGAGACUAGAACGGAAUCCGAGGAGAGCGUGGAUGACGAUGACAAUAAUGAUGAUGAUGAAGAGGAAGAUGACGACAGUGGAGAAAUUCUUGACCCUGUGGAGAUCAAAACCGAAUCAGAUGACACCAUGGAAGAUGCCACGGCUGAACCAGAUGAUGACGAUGAUGAUGGUAAUGGUGAUGGUGAUGAUAAGGAUGAUGACAGCAAAAGUGAUGAAAACAUGACUCAAUCAGUUGUGAUGAGUUCCACUGACACCAGUAAAGAUCGGGGAGAGCAGAGGGAUGGCAGUGACAAUAGCAGAGACAACGGUAGAGAAGUCUCCAUGCGGCUUCCUGUUGAGGUCAAGAGGGAACGGGAGGAUACUGAUGAAGAACCAACAGGGGAGUCCUCAGCAAAGUACAGACGUGUCACCCCAAACAUGGACAGUGUGCGAGGCCGAGGGUUUGUACAGGAGAGGUUCUUCCAUAACGGACAGGAGUUUGACCUUGACGGUGUCCUCGAUGACUAUGGCCCUCAAGCUAGAAAGUCUGGCGCCAAGAAGGAUGGAUCGGGUGGAAAGUCGGGUAAGGGUGGAAAGCGUGGCGGGACACAGCAGGGUUCUGCCGAGUCAGAGGAGGAAGACGCUGAGCCUUCAAAUCUUAGCAUCUUCAAGGAGGCUCUGUUGAGAAAGAGAUAUUUUUCCUGGAUGUUUGAAGGAAAACAGCCUGCAAAAGACAAAGAAAAGGAUCUGAAUCCCAUCCUUCCAAGCCAACCAAGGGACUUCUCUGAGACGGAGGCAAGAAUCUUUGCAGAACAGAUUACAAAAUACAGAGAUAUAUUUCAAACCAUCAAGCGGAGCAGUCCAUCACAUGAUGCCAAACUUAAAGAGGUGUGGACAAAAAUCACAGAGUGUGUUAACGAGGGUAAUGAGGGACCUCAAAGGACAGUCGAUGAACUGCAGCAGAAAGCUCAAACUACAUUCAGCCAAAAUUGUCUAGGUGCAGAUGUGCUAUCUGGUGAAGAAGCUACAGUGUUUGUGGAACAAAUCUUGAAAUAUAAGGAGUAUUUCGAAGACGUCAGAAAGAAUGACCCAACUCGUGAUAUCGAACUGACAGAGGUAUGGGUGGAGAUUACCAACUGUGUGAACAAGGUAAACAAGGGACCUCGGAGAACAGUCGAUGAACUGAAGAACAGAUGGACGCUAGCUCUGGUGGAGAGGAACAUUCCAGACCCCAGGACACAACGUACUUGUGAGCAUCCGUUUAGGUGUAAACUGUGUGGCAAGAGCUACGUCCUGAAGAGCAGUUUACAGGCCCACGCCUGCAAGGUGCCCUGUCCUGAAGGGGGGGAUGUCACCCCUGAUGAUGAUGAUGACGAUGAGGAGGAGGAAGAUGAGGAUGCAGAAACUAGCACCCCUAGGGACUUCUCUGAAGCAGAGGCAGGUGCUUUUGCCGAUCAAAUCUUAAAAUAUAGAACCAUCUUUCAAAAUAUUAAGCGGAGUAGUCCAGUUCACGAUGCCAAGCUUAAAGAGGUGUGGGGGAACAUUGCAGACUGUGUCAAUGAGGUCAGUGACGGGCCUCACUGGACAAUAGAUGAACUGCAGAAGAAAUGGGUCUCCACUUUGAUAACAAGGACACGGUCCACAAAGCCCAAGUCUCAACGUAGGAUACACAAAAGCGUUAUAAAUGCACCAGUAUUUUCAGAGGAAGAAGCAAAAGUGUUUGAGGAACAAAUAUCCAAAUAUAAGGAGUUCUUUGAAGGCUUCAGGAAAAAUGACCCAACACGGGAUGCACACCUCAAGCAUGUGUGGUCGGAAAUCACAAUUCGGGUCAAUGAGGUCAACAAGGGACCUCCAAGAACAAUUGAUGAACUUCAAAGCAGAUGGACUCUAUCUUUAGUACAGAGGAACCUCCCCGACCCCAGCACAUACAGUGAAAAGUACCAGCGUACAUAUAUCAACAGAGAGUGUUCAUGUCAAGAGUGCAAACAAGUCUUCACUAACCUAGCACAGCUGAGACAACACAAGAAGCAGCAUUUCAAAGUCAACUCAUCUGAGCCCAUGUUCAAGACCAAUAUUGAACUGCUCAAAUGUAAUUAUUGUGCCAAGACAUUUCAGAGGCUGGAUAAUCUGCAGAGACAUGAGAGAAUACACACAGGUGAACAUCCGUUCAAGUGCAAGAUCUGUGGCAAGGGUUUUGUCCAGAAGAGUGGUUUGCAGGCCCACAUGUGCAAACACACUGGAGCAAAGCCUGUCAAAUGUAAACUCUGCCCCAUGACGUUCGCUGUGGAUGAUCACAGGCGCAAACAUGCAGAGAAAGUACACAAUGUUGUGGAUGAUGGCAGUCGCCCCAUCCUUAAGUGCGAGAUGUGCAGCUGUGUGUUCAAGAGAAAGGGAACCCUCAAUGUUCACAUCAGAAGGGUCCAUCCUAAUGGCUCGACUAAGACUGCAGCCCAAGGCGACACCCCCACCCAGCCAGGCGACCCAGCUCUGACAGCCAUGUCUCCACAGCAGAUCAGCCAAACCCAACCAGUAGCUACAAAUAACAUGGCCCCUGCUGAACGCCCUGUACCCACCGAAGGCCCAAGUGGAGCCAAUGCUGCCGCCACCCCCCAGAUGACCACCGGGGAACCCCCGAGGACCUCCACAACCCCCAGUGUGGCAGCAACCCCUACCCCCAGCAUAUCGAACAAGACAGAUGCCUGUCCAUAUAAGUGUGAGAUCUGCAGCCAGGGUUUCCUACAGAAGAGCAGUCUACAGGCUCACAUAUUCACCCACACAGGGGAGGAGCCCCUCAGGUGCAGCUUCUGUCCCAUGACCUUUGCCAUGGAUGAACAUCGACAGUUACAUGUCAAGCAAAUGCACAAUGUGGUCAGUGAUGGUCGUCAACCAAUGUUCUGGUGUGAAAUGUGCUACUGUGUUUUUAAGACAAACGGCAGUCUCCUCUUUCACAUCAAGAAGUUUCAUCCUAACUAUUCUGUUCAGCAUUGAGAUGUGAACUCUUCGUGUGAGAAGGGACUAAUCAGAGGCAGUCAAGAGUGUUCGAAGGAGAGAUCUGAAAACGUGGACAACAAAUACUCAUAUAUAGCCAUUGAAAUAACCAAAUUCAUGACUCGCAGGGUUUUCCCUGCCCACACAAUCUAGCAGUCAUCAUGACUUCCAAACAGUUUUGUUGUGAGUCAAGUAGAAAGUUUGGAAGUUGUGUAUAGCUUGUGAGUGACACUUGAUAGGUUAUUGGUAUUUGUACAAGGACACUUCUCAAAACAGCUAUGGCAUUCAAACCCUCACAAAUGAGGAUUAUUUACACUUUGUUUGCAUCCAAUGUGCUGGACUCCAAAAUCAGGACUAAUCCUGUUCAUGGAGAUGUGUUGGUGGAUAAGCAUGCUGCUCUUUGUCUGAAGUUUGGAGAGGGGAUUGCUGAAUAGGAACAGCAAGCCACCAUCCUCAAUGCAAACUUGUCACACUAGCUUCCUCCAUCACCCGAAUACAUAGUGCCUCUUGUGUAGUAACCAUGACAACUCCUUCAGCCAGCUAAUCGAGCAAAGGACAGGCGGAAAGCCAGUUGAGCGUGUUACAAAAACUAAUGUUUCUAGCUUGACAACGUGCGCUCUACAGUAGACUCAAGGAAUGAUGGAGUUUCUAGUGUAUACAAGACUGACACUGGCAAGACACAAGUACUGAGGCUAGUAGGAACCACCACUUGUACUAUGAUAUAGUUAUAUGUGUAGUUGUGUAGUCAACUUUGAUGAGUAAAAUAUCAAACAUUAUUAGAGGCAGAACAAAGUCUUAGCACUUCAUCUUACACAUGUGACUUGUACCCUAUCCUAUUUCUGUGAAUAAAUAUAUGUUAAAGCCAAUCAA